UUACUACUAUUAUUUUCCUGUGACCCAGAUCCCAAACAUCACUUUGAAGGUGCAAGAGAGAGGACACCCAGGAGUCCAGUCUCUUCUAGUAACUCGACUUGAGUCCAGGUCAAGGGCACAGGAAGGAGAUUUAGGUGGUUUAAAAUCUCAACGUGGAGGGGAUUAAUGGAGUGGGGGGGUGGGGUCCAGGUGCAGAGGGUGGAGACUUCCUGAUCCCAGGGCUGAAGGAUGGCUGCCUUCGCCCGCCUGCUGGAGCGUCUCCUCUGGCCAGCCUCUAAAAAACAGGAGUCAGAAGAGGAAGAGGAGGAGGGGCACAGGACUCACCACGGGCCUCAGUCGCUCCUAGACGCGCCGCGAUGCGUCCAGCGGCCGCACGGGGGUGCGGCCGCCUCUUGCGGCCUGAGCUUCGGGGCGAGCGCUGUGCAAGGCUGGCGCGCGCACAUGGAGGAUGCGCACUGCGUUUGGCUCGCGCUGCCCGGGCUACCGCCAGGCUGGGCAUUCUUUGCGGUCCUCGACGGCCACGGCGGGGCGCGAGCAGCCCUCUUCGGCGCGCGCCACUUGCCGGACCACGUGCUCGAGGCACUGGGCCCGGCGCCUGGCGAACCCGAGGGAGUGCGCGGGGCGCUACGCCAAGCCUUCCUGAGCGCAGACGCACGGCUGCGUGCGCUAUGGCCUCGGGGCCAGCCGGGGGGCUCCACCGCCUUGGCGUUGCUCGUCUCCCCGCGUUUUCUGUACCUGGCGCACUGCGGUGACUCCCGAGCGAUGCUGAGUCGCGCCGGCGCCAUGGCCUUCAGCACCGAGGACCAUCGGCCCCUCCGGCCCCGGGAACGGGAGCGCAUCCACAACGCGGGAGGCACCAUCUGCCGCCGGCGCCUCGAAGGCUCUCUGGCAGUAUCCCGAGCGCUGGGCGACUUUGCUUACAAAGAGGCUCCGGGAAGGCCCCCUGAGUUGCAGCGCGUUUCCGCGGAGCCUGAGGUGACCGCCCUGGCUCGCCAGGCUGAGGACGAGUUCGUGCUAUUGGCCUCUGACGGUGUGUGGGACGCGAUGUCUGGCGCUGCCCUGGCAGGACUGGUGGCGUCGCGCCUCUGCUUAGGCCUGGCCCCGGAGCUUCUCUGCGCGCAGCUAUUGGACACGUGUCUGUGCAAGGGCAGCCUGGACAACAUGACCUGCAUCCUGGUCUGCUUUCCUGGGGCCCCAAGGCCUUGUGAGGAGGCGAUCAGGAAGGAGCUGGCGCUGGACGCAGCCCUGGGCCGCAGGGUCGCCGGGCCACGGUCAUUGCUGAAGCUUAUUCUCAGCUCCGUCAAGCCUCAGGACGCCGCUGGCAGAAGGGCCUACAUGGGGCAGGAAAACCCACUAGCACCCUUUUGGACUCUUCCUCGGACUCGGAGGCCUGACAGCUGUUGCCCUUUGGGGACCCUCUGCCCAGCCGGGGCCUCAAAGGAACUAAGAAAGAAAACUCUCCUUCCCCAGCUACACAGACCAGCGGAAGGAAGACAAACGGGGGAGGAACCCCAGAAUGCUUAUUUCCUCUUCUCCUACUUCCCUCUCACAGAAAGUCUUAAGAGAGGGGAAAUUCCAACCACCCUCUGAACUGGAAAAAAAAAAAAAAAAAAAAAAGAAAGAAAAGAAAAGAAAAGAAAAGGAAGAAAGGAAAAAAAAAAAAAACCCACCCCAAACGAAAUCAAGUGUUUUUGAAAUAUUUUGAGCUAAAUGGACCCUUACGAGAUCACCCAGUUCAGUAACCUUCUCUUCCUUCCAAUUUUUCAUGCUUUGGGAGGAGUUACAGAAGAGUAUUGAUUAUUAAAUUUUAAUGAUAUAGAACUCAAAAUAAAUUUCUCUUGUAGAAAACAAAAACAA